GGUGAGGAGAUAGUUGCUUGAUUGCGCAUUCAACAUCUGUUAGCGUCACCUGACACAAAAACACAAUCACACGCUAAGACAUAUCAAUCUAUCCAAAUCACAACUUGUCUUUUUUGGAUAAACUCACAAUUACGACAGAAUCAUAAAAAAACUCUGUUCAGAACUACCUCAAUUUGUAAUUUGGUGAAAUGGGUUUGUUGAUUAUGCUCACUGAACUCUAAUAUCAGGUGGGUUUUUGAAAAGACUGCAAAUUGAAUCAGUUUGAGAAAGGUGAAUUCUGAUUCUGGGGUUUUGAGUAAGAAAUUAGAGAUGGCAGCAGCUAUUAAAGCUAGAAAUAUGCUUGAGGGUUUCGUAAGAGAAGGAUCGUUUAAAUGGCUACUGAGUAAGAAGAGUUCUUUUGAUGAAGAAUUUGAGGAGAUGGGAAGGUCUCCAUCUGCAAGCAGGAAUUGGAUUGAAGGGCUCUCGCCGCUAGCUAAUAUGAUUGUUCGUAGAUGCUCCAAAAUCCUUGGUAUUCCUACAACUGAGCUACAAGAAAGCUUCAAUUCAGAGGCAUCUGAAACAAUAAAGCAUCCAUCUCGUUAUGCUAGGAACUUUUUGGAAUAUUGCUGCUUCAGAGCACUGGCUUUGUCUGUUCAAGUAACAGGUCAUCUAACUGAUAAAAAGUUUCGACGCUUGACAUUUGACAUGAUGCUAGCUUGGGAGACUCCAGCAUCUUCCAGCCAACCUUUGGUUAAUGUAGACGAGGACUUCACUGCUGGGUUAGAGGCCUUCUCUCGAAUAGCUCCAGCAGUCCCAAUUAUUGCCAAUGUUGUUAUCAGUGAAAAUCUUUUUGAAGUGCUUACUAUGUCAACUGGUGGUCGGCUUCAGUUCUCCACCUAUGACAAGUACCUAAGUGGACUAGAAAGGGCAAUCAAAAAGAUGAAGACACAAUCAGAUUCAUCACUUCUAUCUGCAGUUCGAUUGCCCAGAAGAGAAAGGAUUAUAGAAGUCGAUGGAACCGUCACCUCCCAGCCAGUUCUUGAACAUGUAGGAAUAUCUGCAUGGCCAGGUCGGCUUAUUCUCACAGAUCACGCAUUGUACUUUGAAGCUCUCCGUGUUGUAUCUUAUGACAAGCCGAAAGUAUAUGAUUUGUCCGAGGAUUUAAAACAAGUCGUUAAACCUGAGUUAACUGGCCCAUGGGGUACACGACUUUUUGACAAGGCCGUGUCAUAUAAAUCUAUUUCCUUAUCAGAACCAGUUGUCAUAGAGUUUCCUGAGUUUAAAGGGCACAGUCGCCGUGAUUACUGGCUGGCAAUUAUCCAGGAAAUUCUGUAUGUUCACAGAUUCAUAAAUAAGUUUCAGCUAACUGGAGUUGCAAGGGAUGAAGCACUUUCAAAGGCUGUGCUUGGAAUUUUGCGACUCCAAGCCAUUCAAGAAAUUAGUUCUAUAAACUCUGUUUCUGAGAAGGUUCUCAUGUUUAAUCUUUGCGAUCAACUUCCUGGUGGAGAUAUGAUACUAGAAACUCUUGCAGGCAUGUCAAAUGUGAGAGACUUAGAACACACGAACACUCAUAAAGCAGGAGGUGGAAUGUACUCAAUAUCAGCCAUGGCCAUGGUUUCCAAUCUAGGCUUUGUGUUUGGGUCAAAUUUAAGUGAUCCAAAUGAGACCGGGCUUGCUGUGGGCGAGAUUGCUGUGGGAGAAAUGAGUUCUUUGGAGAGAGCAGUUAAGGAAUCUAGAAACAACUACAAAAAGGUGGUGCAAGCACAAGCAACAGUCAACGAUGUUAAAGUAGAUGGUAUUGACACCAAUUUGGCAGUUAUGAAGGAGUUGCUUCAUCCUGUCGUGGAAGUUGGAAAGUUGUUUCUUUCCUUGGCAUUUUGGGAUGAUCCACUGAAGUCUUUGCUUUUCUGUUUGAUUUUCACUUAUGUUAUUUGGAGGGGAUGGCUGGCUUAUGCUUUUGGAGUGGCGCUCAUCUUUCUUGCCUUGUUUAUGGUGAUUACAAGAUUUUUUAACCAAGGCCAGGUGGAUGAACUUAAAGUACUAGCACCUCCACCAAUGAACACAAUGGAGCAGCUUCUGGCAGUCCAGAAUGCGAUCUCUCAAGCUGAACAGUUCAUCCAGGACGGAAACGUUGUCCUUCUCAAGUUCCGUGCCCUGUUGCUAUCUUGUUUCCCUCAGGCAAGCGAGAAAUUUGCAGUAGGACUUCUAUGUGUGGCAUUGAUCCUAGCUUUCGUACCUAGCAAGUACCUAUAUCUAGUAACCUUUCUGGAGGCGUUUACAAGAUAUUCACCUCCGAGAAAAGCAAGUACCGAAAGAUGGACAAGGAGAUGGAGAGAGUGGUGGUUCAGCAUACCGGCUGCUCCCGUUGUUCUUGAGAGAGAAAAGGAAGAUAAAAAGAAGAAAUGAGGCUGUAAUUUUAUGUAUCUGAACGUUUAUAUGUAUAUGUAGUUAUGUAUAGUUGUGCAAGAAUUCCAAUUACUUCCAUACCUUAUCAAGUUUACUUUACUUCCAAGCAAA